AUGCCUACCGUCAAUGGCUUCUCGCCCCAAGAGAUCGCACACUUGACCUCUCGAGCCGGCAUCGCAAAAGCCCAUCUCAGAUGGAGUGAACUAAUCGUCAAGUCUUUCCUCGGCGGCGUCUUUAUCUCUCUCGGUGCACUCGUCAAUCUUGUUGUCCUAGCUGGUAGCCCAGGUCUACGGUCUUCAAAUCCUGGAUUAGCAACUCUGAUUGCUGGCUUUACGUUUCCACUGGGCUUUGUGCUUAUUACCCUGACGAACAUGGAGUUGUGCACGAGCAAUAUGUUUGUCAUGCCUUUUACUGCUCUCCAACGCAAGAUUUCCGUUCUGGAUAUGGCGAAGAAUCUCGUGGUCUCGUAUCUGGCGAAUCUAUGUGGGUGUCUGUUUGUCGCAGGCUUCUUGGGUUGGUGGAGCGAUGUGUUUGAUACGACCACCAUGAGCUCUUACGCAGUCACUCAAGCCCAGAACCGCGUUAAUGUGCAAUGGUCGGUUAACUUGCUGCGUGGCGUGGGCUGCAACUUUUUCGUUGCGCUCGCCUUUUUCUUAUCCAUUGGUGCUGUGGAAUUCGUGUCCAAGGUCUACACCAUCUGGAUUCCUGUGUGGGCGUUUGUCAUUGCUGGAUACCAACACAGUAUAGCAAACUACUUCCUCGUUCCCAUUGGCAUGUUCUACGGCACAAACUUUGGGGUUGGAAAGUUUGUUUAUCAGAGUAUCGUUCCUGUUACUUUGGGGAACUUGGUUGGGGGUGUGGUGUUGGGCAGUAUACCGUUCUGGUAUCUUUACGGCAGGGAAGAGCAGGUUGCGCCUAGUGUGCAGACGGGACAACCAGUUACUGAAGAUGACAAGAUCAAGAGAAGGGGUCGUCAUAGUCCGGACAGCGAUGAUGAGACUGUGGUUGGCGGACAAGGGGCUUCGAGCUCUGGGUUGAGAUAUGAUCGUGAGGGUAUGGCUCAAGCUGCUUGA